AUGACUCAGCUUGCCAAGCUUCUCAUCAUCCUGGCAGCCGCCAGCGCAACCCUCAGCGCCCCAACCAUGAGACCUCGCCAGCUCGCCGGCGAAGGCAGCUUCUUCGACUCCGUCUUUAGUGGCACCGACAACGGUAUCGGCUAUGGUGUCGAGAACGCUGAGGACAACGCUGCUAGUCUCCUUGGUGCACCGAACCCACCUCCUCCUCCACCAAAGGUAAAGAGGCAGGCUGAUAAGAUUGCCAACGGCGCCGCCAUUGAUCUGCACGCCAUUGGACAAGACAAGGCCGCAGAUCUUGUCCAGACUGAUGGAGAUAAUAUUGAUGGGCAGCUUACUCAGGAUGCGGCUACUCUUGGAGGUCAGAUUGGAGGAGAUGAGGCGGAUGUUCUUGAGCGUACGGGUGAUAUGGUUCCCAGCAAGAUGCCCACUCGCCGUGCUCGGGUCUUUUAA